GGAGCUGGAGCCGGUGCAGCCGACAGGGCCUGUGGACGCGGGACCGGGAGCUGGGGCCGGAGCCGGCGCGGGGCAAGGGGCGCGGUGCUGAGCGAGGAUGGAGUCGGUGUUCCGCAGCGAGGAGAUGUGCCUGGCCCAGCUCUUCCUGCAGGCCGCCUCGGCCUACGACUGUGUCAGCGAGCUGGGGGAGGCCGGCCUGGUGGAGUUCCGCGACCUGAACCCUAGUGUGACUACGUUUCAGCGCAAGUUUGUCACUGAGAUGAGGAGAUGUGAGGAAAUGGAGAAGACUCUAGGUUACCUGCUGCAGGAAAUUAAAAGGGCAGAUAUCUCUCUGCUGGACAGUGAAGUGAAUCCCGUCGCCCCGCUGCCAAAACAUGUCUUAAAAAUACAAGAGCAGCUCCAGCAGCUGGAGGCAGAGCUGAGAGAGGUGACCAAGAACAAGGAGACUCUGAAGAGGAACUUUCUCGAACUUAACGAGUAUAAUCACAUGCUGAGAGUAACCCAGGACUUUGUGAGAAGAACUUCAGAGCUCGAUCUCUUGUCCCAAGCUCAAUACGAAGAAUUUCCUUCCUUGGACAAAGAACCACUGAUGGAUUAUACAAACAUGCAGCGACUUGGAGCGAAGCUCGGGUUCAUAGCGGGAGUGAUCCACCCAUGGAAGGUCGGCCCCUUUGAGCGGAUGCUGUGGCGAGUGUGCAAGGGUUACACAAUCCUCACGUACGAAGAGUUAGAGAUCCCUCUGGAAGAUCCUGACUCGGGGGAGAAUGUAAAAUGGGUGGUGUUCCUCGUGUCAUACUGGGGGGAGCAGAUCGGCCACAAGGUGAAGAAGAUAUGUGACUGUUACCACUGCCAUGUGUACCCCUACCCAAACACCAACCAGGAGCGGAUGGACAUCGUGGCCGGCCUCAACACUCGAAUCCAAGACCUCCACACCGUACUGUACAGAACUGAGGAGUACCUGCAGCAGGUGUUGCUCAAGGCAUCAGAGUCCAUCCAUACCUGGCUCGUUCAGGUGAAGAAGAUGAAGGCCAUUUACCACAUUCUCAACCUCUGCAGUUUUGACGUCACCAACAAGUGUUUGAUUGCUGAGGUUUGGUGCCCAGUGGCUGAUCUGUCCAAGGUUCGCCAAGCUUUGGAAGAAGGAUCUAGGAAAAGCUCUGCCACUGUUCCAUCGUUCGUGAACCGGAUACCCACAACCGACACCCUGCCGACUCUCAUCCGCACAAACAAGUUCACGUCUGGAUUUCAAAACAUUGUCGAUGCUUAUGGAGUGGGAAACUACCAGGAAAUUAACCCAGGUCCUUACACCGUCGUCACCUUCCCCUUCCUGUUUGCGGUGAUGUUUGGAGACUGUGGACAUGGUUUGAUCAUGACCGUGUUUGCCUUGUGGAUGGUGCUGUCGGAAAACAACCCCAAACUGCACCGCACCAGAAACGAGAUCUGGAACAUGUUUUUUGAUGGCCGUUACAUCAUUCUGAUGAUGGGAAUAUUUUCCUUGUACACCGGACUGAUCUACAACGACUGCUUUUCAAAGUCCUUGAAUAUAUUUGGGUCUGGAUGGAGCGUCAAAAAUAUGUUUGUUAAUGAAAGUAGGAUGGUGACUGAAGUCAGGGGCAAUCAGUUCCUCAGCUUGGAUCCUAACGUGUCUGGAGUGUUCAAAGGGCCCUAUCCUUUCGGAAUUGACCCGGUUUGGAACCUAGCAAGCAAUCGUCUCAGUUUCCUGAAUUCAUUUAAAAUGAAAAUGUCGGUAAUCCUUGGCAUUACGCACAUGACAUUUGGAGUCAUACUUGGAGUCUUCAAUUAUUUGCACUUUAAGAAUAUCUGCAGCAUCUACCUGGUAUUUAUUCCGGAGCUGGUCUUCAUGGUCUCUCUUUUCGGAUACCUUAUGUUUAUGAUCAUUUACAAGUGGCUGGCGUAUUCUGCUGCAAACUCUAAUCUGGCUCCAAGCAUCCUCAUCCAUUUUAUCAACAUGUUUGUGAUGCAAAGUAAUGAUGAUGUACUGCUGUACACUGGGCAGAAAGGAUUCCAAAUGUUCCUGGUGGUGAUCGCUCUGCUGUCUGUUCCAAUCUUGCUGUUUGGGAAGCCUGGAUAUUUGUACUGGAGGCACCACGGAGGCAGAAGCUUUGGGACGUACAGAAAAGGCUACACGCUUGUGCGUAGAGGAAGUGAAGAAGAGGUGUCGCUACUGAGAGCUCAUGAAAUGGAACAGGGAGAAAACCAUUCGAACCAUUCCGGGCAACCAGAUGGAACUGACCAGGAGUUUAAUUUUGGAGAUGUUUUCAUGAAUCAAGCUAUUCACACCAUUGAAUAUUGUCUGGGCUGUGUGUCGAAUACUGCCUCGUACCUGAGGCUCUGGGCUCUCAGUCUGGCUCAUGCUCAGCUGUCGGAGGUGCUGUGGGGGAUGGUGCUGCACCUGGGACUUCGCAUGGACAAUGACUUUGGUUCCUUGUUGUUGUUCCCUGUCUUUGGCAUCUUUGCGGUUCUGACUGUCGCAGUUCUGCUGGUCAUGGAGGGUCUCUCAGCGUUCUUGCACGCUCUCCGAUUGCACUGGGUGGAAUUUCAAAACAAGUUCUACAUGGGCAAUGGAUACAAAUUCUCUCCGUUCUCCUUCAAGCUGCUGACUCGUAAUUGCGAUGACUUUGCCUAGUGUGCGUUGUGCAUGGGAAUUUCACGAGCAGAAGUGGCAUGAUCAUGUGACUCUCAUGGCAAAUGUUUUUGCACUGAAUGCCUUACCAGAUACCGACAUCCAUUUCCUGCUACACACUGACAAAUGCUUUAAUUGCAAUCUCAGGUACUUCCAACAUUUGAAAGUAUGCGAAGGACAAUAAUGUACCAAGCAUGUUCACUGUGACAGAAGAUGCACUAGAGCUGCUGACGUUUGUUAUUUGGUGCUUGCGACGAGGAAUGUUUCUCUGCAGUGCGGGAGCCAUGAUUGCAUUAAAUUUCGGUCAA